AUCUGCGCAGGCGCCUCAUAGCUUCUUCCAGACAGAGGUUCCCCCCCCCCCCAAGUUUGCCUCCGGAAGAGCCACAGGAAGCGGAGUCUGCAUAUAGGGAUGUCCAGCGAGAUUGGAGAAGGAACUGGCAUUACUAACGUUAGAAACAUUACCAGGAGCAUCAGUUUCCAGGACUGGCUGAAUGAGACGGGGUGGUCUAGUCUCAGCUUUGAGUAAAUGAAUGUAACACCUCUCAUCUCCCAACCCCCUGUUCUUUCUGUGCAGACACUAUGGUGAAGGAUGGUGCUUCCUCGGAUAGAGAAGUCAUUGACAACGAUAUGGCAGAAAUCAACUUGCAUGCGGUGGAAUCCAUUAGCGACCUGCACUAUGCAUCCGGCAGACAAGAGAGUGUCAAAGCCUCAGAAGGGAGCAGCCAAUCUCGGCCUCACACCCCAUGGACUCCUCACAGUGUUUCCUCCAAGCAUUUCAUCUUCCCCAGUGAAGAUGACCCGUCUUUUCUACCAGUCCAGAACUUCCACCUCACCCCCCAUUUAACCUGCUGCCCCUGCUUCAGCCCCUCGUGUUGUCCCACGGGCUUCUUCGCUCUCCUUGGCGUGCUAGUCGUGGCCAGCCUUGGCCUAGCCACACUCGCGGUAUAUCUGAGCGUCCUGCAGCGUGAAUCCCUCCGUGUCCUCGCCCAGUGGCUGGAGUCCCAAGAGGAGGCCAUCCGGCAAAUGAGAGCUGUGAGCUUGCAGCUCUGGAGGCAGCUCAACGCCAGUGAGCCCGGGGCUCAAACUUGAGUGAGACAGUGGCCUUCAACUUUCUCUUGGGGGAUCUCAAAUACAGUGCUACAGAAAAGGGGGAAACCAACUCACUGCUUCGCACCUUCUGGGCUACUUGAUCCCUGAAGCAAAAAACAACAACACCCACCUCUCUAGAACCACUGGUGGGUCUCGUGAGGCUCACGCGCCCCUUGGGCAGCAAUGACUGGAGUACUUGAGGCAGGGAGGGGCAGAAAUACUACUGAGGCGCAAAGAGGAAGGGAUUUCUGCUCAGCAGCCUCCCACUAGCAUCACAGCUGCUCUAUUUGUAUUCAUACACAGUAUUUUGAAAGAUACUAUCAGCAUCUUCUUUUCUGCAUUAUAUCACUCUACUUUAUACUCACUUGACAUUUUGCCAAUGGGGCACCUUUGCAGAGGUGCCUGACAACAGAAAAGAAAGCUUCCUUUGCCAGGGCAUGCUGCUAUCCUCGACAGACACUCACAGCCUUUGCCCAAUUUGCUAAAAAGUAAGCUCUUGCUGCAGAAAAGGGGGCCUGGCCUACAAAGAACUCUCUCUCUCUCUGCGUGUGUGUGUGUGUGUGUGUGUCACAACUAAAGCCAAAACAAGCAAAUGCAAAGUAAGGGAAGGCACUACACAUGUACAUAACUGCAGGACCUUCAAAAGGACACCCCAGUGGCAAAUAUAUUAAUGUAUGAGACACUUGAUUCCCCACCCACAACAAGCUAAAUGGCCACAUGGCCAUGUUGGUAAGAGCAUGGCUUUUACUUAACACUUUGUUCAUUUGUUGACUUUUUGUCUAAUCUUUUCCUCAUGUUCUGAAGUGAAAUUGGUCAAUGGAGACAAAUUCUGUAGAGAAUAGCAGAUGAGAAAGGCAAAUGUUUUAGAGGCUAGAUUAUCUGGCAAAAAGCAUACCUUCAUUAACUUUGCUCUGCCUAUAGCUAAAUAUGAGCCACCUUUCCAUUCUGGUCAAUGAAGGGUUCUCUGUAACUUGCAGGUCUACACACUACACAUUUACCCUUUCUGAGACAAUAAAAACUACAACAAAUACAACAGUGAAGUCAAAUGAGGGAAAGCCCCCCAGUACACUAUGCAGAAAGGGGAAUGGUAGCUAACCCUCUACAGCAAGGGUGGAUAGAAAGUAGAACUCCAGAUGUUUUGGACUGCAACUCCCAGCAUUCCUGAACAUUGGCUAUGCUAGCAGGGGCUUCUGGGCAAUGGUUGUCCAAAACUUCUGGAGAUCUCCCUUCUGCCCACCCCCUUCUCUACAGGACUCCUCUACCUGUUGAUUUUCUGGUACUCAUCUUCCGGGCUAUCAUCUGGCAUUCUGAGCAAGCAAUGCACAAAUGUCUGGAUCCCAUAUAUGGGAUCUAGACGAAGUUAGUUGCACUUACUUGAAAUCCAUUAAAUGUAAGGAUAAUCAACCUAGUCCGGAUCUAGCCCGUUAUAUAUAACUAGAAAACGGACCCAGCUUCGCACAGGUUGGAAAGAGCCCUUAGUUUGAUACAACAAAGCCUUACGCACCUGUUAGAGUUGGAGACAUUGUGCCUGCCCUAUUUGAGUGGAACCACAUUCACUGGAACCCCUAGGCAUGGCAUCUGCCAUGGAGUUACCUGUGUAUUGUAUUUAUACUGUAUUU